UUUAAAUUUCGGCGCCGGGACAGCUGAGGGGCGUGGCCUUAACUAACCAACCAAUGAGCAACGGGGGGGGGCGGUGCCCUUCUCGCUUCACCCAAUCGGAAGGCACAAUGCUCCCGAGCGGCUGCUCUCAGCCAACCCGCGCCGCCGUUGCUCCCGGUUUUUCUUUUGUUUUUUUUUUUUCGCAAUCCCCAAUCAGCGCCCUCCGUACUCCGGAGGGCGGGCCAAUGGGAGAGCGAAUUGUUGGCUGAAUAGAAGGGAGGCGGGAAACCAAAAUGGCGGCGGUGGCGGCGGCUGAGCGGGUCCCAGCUGAGGAGAUUCCGCCGCUGACCCGGCGGAGGUGCGCGCUCGGCGGCUCCGGAACCGCCGCAAAGUGGUCAUCCGGGGGCUGCCCCGCCGAUGUCAGCAAGCAGGAGGUGCAAGAAAUGCUGUGCGACUUUGAGCUCCAGCACUGCUUUGUGGACAGGCACAGCGGAACGGCCUCCAUCACGCUGUCAGACGCCGCCGCAGCUGAGCGCGCCCUGCAACGCCUGCAGCGCUGCACCCUGCGCCGUCACCGCCUGCACGCAGAAGUGCAGCCGUGCAGCGCCCUGCUCUGCGUGGCCCACCUGCCCCGGCAUUGCAGCCAGCAGCCAUGGGAAGCGUUGGUGCGGCCGUACGGCGCCGUGGGGCGGUGCUGGUUGGUGCACAGCCGGGCGUCGGGGCGCUGCAAGGGUUACGGCUUCGUGGAGUAUUUGCACGAGGAGGCGGCCGCCGCGGCACAGGCUGAGCUGCAGGGCCGGGCGCUGGGUGCGCAGGUGCUGUUCGUGCGUCGGUGCGAUGCAGGAGGCGAGCUGAUGGAGGAGGAGGACUUGCACUCCAGGUGUUUGUGCGUGGAGGGGCUGCCCAGGGGCUACACGGAUGGAGAGGGGCUCCGGAGGGUCUUCUCGGGGGUGUGCGGCCCCAAAUUCUGUCAGUUGGCCUGCGGGCCGGACGGGCAGCCACUGGGAUUCGCCGUGCUGGAAUUCGACUCAGCAGACGCCGCUGAACGCGUGCAGGCCGCCAUGGACGGCGCUCUGGUGGGCAGCAGCCGUGUCUGCGUGUCCUUCUGCGCCCCCGGGCUGCCAGGCCACAAAAUGCUGCCCGCCCUCGUUGCCGUGCGCACUGCGGCUCAGAGCCGCGGCCGAGGACUCCUCCCUGACCCCACACUGCUGCAGAUCCUCAGUGCCCUCCGCAGCCCCACUGCUGCCCCACUGCUGCACGGAGCCCUCGGGGGCAAACGGGGUCUCCUCGGCGCUGCCCCAUUGCUGCCCUUCUGCCCCACAGUGCUGCAGUCGGUGCUGCAGAACCCAAUGCGGGUACAGGGCAAGCCAGGGCUGCUGGGGGAGGCACCAUUGAGGGUGCUGCCCCACGGCGUCGUGGGAAUGCCAACAGUGAACGCUGCGCCGCUGCUGGGGGACACCGCCACCGGCGGUGACGUCCCCCCGUGCCCCCCGUUGGGCGGCGUUCCCGUGGUGGCAGAUCGUGACGGCCCCUUGUUGACCGCAUCCCUCCUCGGCCCCACCAACAGGCGGAGCGCCGGCGCUGCUCCAAGCCCCGCGGGGUCGUUGCUGGGGGAGCCACCGAAGGACUUCAGGAUUCCCCGCAACCCCUACCUCAAUCUGCGCAGCCUGCUGCCGCCCAGCAUCACCGGCAUCGCUGCCCCCCAGGCGUUGGCGCUGCCACCCCACAGCAUUUUGGGCACCGGCCCCACAGCGCGGAUCUCAUCAGCCCUCAGAGAGCCACUGCUGCCAUCACCUGGAGCCACCACUGAGGGGACCCCCAUCGUUCCCCCCACGCUGCCAGCAUCGCACAGUGCCCCACCCAAGACCCCCGUGCCUCCCCCCCCCAAAAGGACGUGGUCUCAGCUGCUGCCCCCCCCCCGAGCGGAGCCCUGAGGGCUGCUAUGUGGGGCAGCACUCCCAGGGCCUGGGGGGGCACUACGCCGACUCCUAUCUGAAGCGGAAACGCAUCUUUUAAGGACC